AUUCCCCAAAUCAAAUCAAAUCAAGUUCAGAUAGUCAAAGAUUCUCUUUCCCGAGAACAAAUCUCAUUUUCUUUGUUCCCAAACGCCAUUGACGCUGAAUUUUGCCACAUAGAAAUAUUUUUCCUGAUAGAAUCCACUGCCGGAAAAUCGUUCUAGUUUUCCGGCACUAAUUCAAGCACCCAUCAACCCGGAAAAAUGGUCUCCCCUGAGAACACCAAUUGGCUGUCGGAUUUUGGGUUUAUGGACGAUAUCCCUGUUCCCGGCUUCAAUUGGCCCGUAAAGGCCCUCAAUGGCUCCUCUAACGAUGGCGGCGUGGAAAUCGAUGGUUCUUUUGGGGAUGCGGAUGUACAUAAGGAACCCAACUCAAAGAAGAGGGGUAGAUCUGAAUCAUGUGCUGCGUCUAGCUCCAAAGCGUGCAGGGAGAAGCUCCGGAGGGAUAGGCUAAAUGACAAGUUUGUGGAAUUGGGCUCUAUUCUGGAGCCUGGAAGGCCUCCCAAAACUGACAAGGCUGCUAUUUUGAUUGAUGCUGUCCGAAUGGUAACACAACUACGUGGUGAAGCCCAGGCGUUGAAGGACUCAAAUUCGAAUCUCCAAGAGAAGAUUAAAGAAUUGAAGGCUGAGAAGAAUGAGCUUCGUGAUGAGAAACAGAGACUAAAGGCAGAGAAAGAGAAGCUAGAGCAGCACCUGAAGACUAAUAAUGUACAACCUAGUUUCAUGCCACCCCCUUCAGCAAUCCCUGCUGCAUUUGCUGCUCAAGGCCAAGCUCCUGGCAACAAAUUGAUGCCUUUUAUUGGCUAUCCAGGAGUUGCAAUGUGGCAAUUCAUGCCACCUGCUGCGGUGGAUACCUCGCAAGAUCAUGUAUUGCGCCCGCCAGUCGCGUAAGCUGGCUGCCUGCAUUGAUUUUGGUUUGCAUUUUGCCACCAACAAGUGUAAUUGUUUCUCAACUGAAUUAGUUUUCUCUGAAGUCUUGUAAUUGGAUUCUGUGGGUGACUGACCACUGCAUCUCUGGAUCUUCUAUAAAGUGUUAGCUGGUUUUAAGAUGUAUAUUAUAAUAAUUUCAUCCGGCAACCUAUGCUUUGAUCA